CAAUCCCAAAACUCUUCUCAAUUGAGUGCCUUCCGGACUACUGUAGUAUCACACAUCUUGUUCACUUUCACAGUCAGACUUUACGUUUGCAAUACUCCGCUCCUCUCAAUGGCAAACGGUUUGAGACAGCGAAAUACCACUGGAAUGCUUCGCGAACAGGAACAACAGCAAGAAGUGCGAGACCCCACUGCACCGUCGUCGAGUUUGGCGGCACCAAAAAUGCUACGAGCAUCUCCUCAACACCACGGAGCCGUCCUCAAGCUGCACUCGGCGCUUUUGUUCAUGAUUCUCCCCCGAUUCGUUCAGUCACUGAUUAUAAAGUUCCUUCCGUUUUUGCGACCUUGCUGGCAAGAGCGGCACCUUAUUUUAUUGGGCAGCUAUCUCUACAAGUUCUCCGAUGAGAAAAGUUCUUCUCCCAAAGGCUCUCCCAUCCCAGUAGAAUCUAUAGAAGUACACGCAGUACAUUCACGAGACGCUGAUAAUCUGGUGUUUCCCUCGUUACCUAGUGGCUAUCAGGUACUAUCGGUGACAACCUUGCGGAAACAACAGUACUUUGCUGUCCGGAGUAAAGAAGAGGCCUCGAGCUGGCUCCACAGUUUACACGAAGCCCGUCACGAGGCCACAAAACGAGAGAUGGGUCACGCACCACUCGAGUCCUACCCCCAGUCAUGGUCUUACUAUGAUCGUCUCGGAGCAUCUAUGGCUAAAUCUAAAGAUCGGGUACGGAACCGCAUGCAGGAAAUGGAAAUGAAGAAUUUGAGUGAUGAUGGUCCCAUGGCCCGGGGAUACUAUGGAUAACGCCUCGGCCAAUGCCUAUGGAUGCCAGCGGAACGAAAUUGGAAUAUUAUAAUUUAGCUGAUGAAUGACUUGUCUGU